UUUUCGGCUUGAUCCAAUCCCUCCGCCGCGGUCCCUUUCUCGGCUUCCCUGGCGACUGGACUAUUGUCUUUCCUCCCUCCUUCUGGUCGGUGUCCUUGCCCGGCCGACCUUCGCUCGCUACCUUUUUCCUUUUCUCUCUUGUCGCUUCAUGACAUGCCAUCCCCGCCAUAAUUGACCCUCUCCCAUGGACGAGGGUUCCGAUUCCAAAGCCCCUCGACGGAAGAGGGUGUCGAGAGCCUGUGACCGAUGUCGAAGCAAAAAGGACAAGUGUGAUGGACUUCGUCCGGCUUGCUCUGCCUGCCAGGCCUCAGGCCAGACCUGCUCAUAUGAUCCCCACGCAAAGAAACGCGGGCUACCAGAGGGCUAUGUCCGUGGCUUGGAAAAGCUCUGGGCCUUGUCGAUCUGCAAUAUUGAUGGCUUCGAAGACACAAUGCUAACUCUGCUGGGUACCACCGCCGAAUCGGCUGGUCGGAGAAAGAGGCUCAUGUCUCUUUGGACUGAUGAUGGCGCGUCGGAAACACUGCAUGAAUCCUGGAAAACGAGUCGCCUGUACGGUGCGCUCGAGAAGAUGCUGUCCAAUUCCGACCUACCGACAGACAGCUUAGGUAAACGCCCUCGGGAGGAUCAGGAUGACGGUCCAGGUAGUGAAUGGGGAUACCGCAUUGACCGGAGCUCGACUCCGCUCUCUCAGGAUGCUCCGCGUGUCGUUGAGCCUUCCGCUUCUCCCCGUGCUAAAAGGCCCCGGUUAGCUGCUCCCUCAGACAGUCGGGUCCCGUCAUAUACCCCCACUGCCACGAAUGCGCUACAGUUACCACCUCAGACCUCGCAGCUGUUGGAUGUUUACUUCGCCGUCACCCACUCGUGGUUCCCGAUUGUCGCCAAACACAACAUUCUACGAGCAUCAUACCUUUACGCAAGCGCGCCUCUGUCCCUUGCUAAGAUGGCACCCGGUUCGGGCGACCACGCCGCGUUGUGGGCCCUGCUCAGUUAUACCAUUUCUCAAUCUCGGGUCAACCCGCAGGACGGGGCGUUGGAAGUGCUUUCCAAGACCAAGGAGUAUUAUUCGGUGGCUCGGAGCUUAAUCCCUUCUGAGACGGAGCGGUACGAGCUCGGACAUGUGCAGGCACUGUUGCUGCUGACAUUAGUGAACAUCGGCUUGGAGGACUGGACUGCCUCCUGGCUGCUGAGCGGCCAGGCAGUGCGCAUGGCUAUUUCUAUGGAUCUUGGAGCUUUCACGGAUGUUCGACGGUCGGAUGAGUUGAGACAAGGGAAAGCGGUUUUCCUUGGUUGCUUUGUGGUUGACUCAUUGCUGUCAUUCCGUUUGUCAAGGAGGCCGUGCAUGCAUCCUCGUGAUCUGACCAUGGUAGGCCUUUUGGAAGAAGAUGGUUUGGAGGAAUGGAAUUCGUGGGCGGAUGUCUUGCCACCUACGGGAGCUGGACAGGGGAAGAGUCCUCCUCGUCGAGGGCCCUUACUUGCUCUAAGCUGCUUCAACCGACUAGUGGAGUUGGCUGGUGUCCUGAACAAGAUUGCCCGAGACUCUACUACAGGGCCAAAUGCACCUAUAUUCGCAGAACAGCUGGUUUUGGAACUCAAGCAAUGGGAUGACCGUCUGCCCCUUGGAUGUCGACUAAUUGGCCCCGAAAGCAUUUACCCUGAGCGACACUCGGCGUUACUCCCACACCAAAGCUAUCUUGGCCUAACAUAUGUGGCCACGCUUCUGUGGCUUUAUCUGCGAAUUGCCCCCCAAGAGCUUGGGUUGCACCGUUCUCAGCGGCCAGCCAUCGAGGGGGCCAAAAAGCUCCUUUAUAGGGCUCUUCCAAUGAUAUCUCAACAUCUCGAUAACUUCCAGGUUUGCGGUUUGCCGCCCCUAUUCGAGCUAUCCUUGCGCACCAUAGCUGAACAGGCGUUCACUCUACGCAACAAAAUUGAAUCGGAUAUGUUUCCUUUUGGGCGAUGGACGGAAGCGCUUCUCCAACGGACCACAGAGCUCAGUGCAACUUGGCCGGUUUAUCGUUCAUUGGCCGCUUCAAUCGACCACUGGUACCGCUCCAAGGAUCUGCCCGGGAGCUCCUCACUGCCCUAUCAAGCACCAGAUCCGGGACCUGCAUCCAGGGUCGUUCACAGUAUAACUAGCAAUGCGCUACCCCCUGGUACCAUGGCGACAACACCAGCAGGGUAUCCAAGUAUGACCAGCGACUCUUCGAUGAACCCUCACAUGAGAAGGAGUGCUCCUGGAAUGGGUGAUUCUGACUACACAUCCAGCAUUAUGGGCAUCACCAUCCCUGUAGACGGGCAAUACAUGACGCCAAAGGAUACGGCGAUGGAGAAUGCCGAUCUAUCUAUGAUGGAUGUGUUACCGCGAGGCCCUCGCCCCCAUCCAUCCACCCCUGACUCCGGUGUCUCGAGUACGAUGAUGUCGGGCACGGCUCCGGCUGGGAUGCAUGACCGAUCCGUACCUUCGGGAGGCUCGGAUACGGCAGAACGCCAUAUUGGGCCGACAGGCGACAUUGACGCCAUCUUCAAGGAUUUGGCAUAUCUGGACACCACCGAGUGGACCAACGGUCGCGAGGCGGCUUUGAAGGAUUUUGGGUUCAUUGAUGAUAACACCUUCCAGGCUUUCUGUCAUGACCCAGAUCGGCUCGCUGGGACUCAACCGUUAGUCCAUCCUCCGUCGAUUGCCGAUAUUUGGCCGCCACCCGGGUUCUUCCCGGAGACGUUCCGUGAAUCUAGGGAGGAUGUGAUGGAGGGUUGAUUGGCACAUUGGAGACUGUUCUACUAUCCCUGAUUAUCACGAAAUGUGGAGGUAAAAUACUUUCACCAGCAGCUUACUCCUGCU